UAUCAACCUCUUCUUCGCACAUGAACGAAAAUAAAAAUGCGAACGCAGAGCAACAAUAUUUUAAUUAAUUAAUGUGAGCCAGAUUAGUUUUAAGAAGUCUGGUUGCAUAAAAUUAGGCGCCGUUCAGAAGAGAUUUUGUUAUUUAAAAGUAGACAUGAAAUAGCACUGUUUAAGUCAAAUUUGGCUGCUACUUUUAACUUAAAAACAUAGUAUCAAAUACUAGGCAACAUGCUCUUUUUCUUUACAGGAGUGGAACUUUUUCAUUGGCAACUCUUUCAUUGGCAAAAUUGAUAAGGGGCAAAGUGUCCCCGAGUGGAUUCCCGAAAGUGUAUCGCGCAAUGUUGCCGCGUUGCAGAGUGCUCUGCCGGGACUCUACAGUAAAUUGCAGUUGGAGAAAGAGUCCACGUGGCGGAGCUUCUUCGGGAGUAACGAGUGCGAGGCGAACUUUCCCACGCACUGCGAUCUGAGCGAGUUUCAAAAGGUAAUCGUGGUUCAGGUGCUUCGAAGGAACCGCCUGUAUUCGGCCAUGCGCCAGUGCAGCCUGCGAUUAAUGAGCUUGCAGAGCUUAAACUCGGAGAUCAUCCAGUUUUCGGCAAUCUACAAUGAAACGGUUGUUGGGGAGCCAAUUUUGUUGGUGACGGCCCCCGGUACUGACCCAUCUGUUGAGAUCAGAGAGUUUGCCAGUGAGAAACUUGGAAAGGAUCAGUAUGUGGAGAUUGCCAUGGGUGAGGGGCAAGAAUCGAAAACAUUAGCUGCACUAGCAGAGGCCGGGGAGCAAGGGCAUUGGCUAGUACUGAAAAAUUUGCAUUUGGUCACCGCGUGGUUGCCAAUCUUGUGCCAGAAUAUGAAGAGAAUGCAAUUGCACAAGUCAUUUAGAUUAUGGUUGAUCACUGAACCACAUCCAGGGUUCAGUUCAGUUUUGGCCCGCAGCAGCUUGAAGAUUGCGUAUGAAGUUCCUCAAGGAAUCAAGAACAAUAUACUGCGGACCUACUCAUCGUGGGGCACAUCCUACAUUGAAAAACUCAAUCCAACGGGUAGCCGAUUGUUCUUCAUCCUCGCAUGCAUCCACGCUCUCCUUCAAGAGCGCCGCACCUACAUUCCUCAAGGGUGGUCAAAGUCGUACGAAUUUAAUGACACAGACUUCUCUACCGCCAUCCGUUUAACCGUCGAACUAAUGCAAACACCCAACAUACAAAUACAGUGGAACUACCUCACUGGUGUCUGUUGCGAUUCUGUCUACGGAGGGCGCAUAGAAAACAUACAGGAUUUGGGAAUCCUAGACUCGUACUUAUCCCAGUACUUUGUCGACGAAGCGUUGACUCACCGUUGGAGACCCCUGGGAAUGAGCAACUCCCUCCCUUCGUACUCAAACUUUCAGGAUUAUAUCAAUUCGAUAAAUCAGCUGUCCGACAGAGAUUUGCCGUCCUAUUUCGGUCUGCCCGAGAACAUUCAGCAGGCUUGGGAGAAAACGACCUCCAUGGACAUCAUCUCGUACUUGCGAAAUCUCAACUUGGAAAAACACGCGUCCGCGGCGCUCCUGGGCGAUGACUUACACAAAAAGCUGUUACCGUUUAUGAUGCUAUGGAAGAAGUUGAAUCAAUCCCAAGACUUCAUCAGGAUUCCCACACCUACUCCAAUUAUACAAAAGUCUCUAAUGGAGAACUUUAUAUCCGAAGAGUACUGUUACGCAGUCACUGUGGUGAAAAAGAUUCACAAGACUUUCUCGAUACUGAACAAGCUUUCAAAGGGAGCGGUUCCCAUUGAGCCCAAGUAUCUCGAAGUAGCCAAUGAUUUGCUGCUGUAUCGGACACCCAAAAUUUGGAAAAAGCUUUGGAACGGGCCCGAUGAUCCAACGAAAUACUUAAAAACUGUGAUGUACAAAACGGGUAAAAUAGCAAUGUGGAACGAGUCGCGUAUGGAGGCAGUCUAUGAACGUCCCGUCAACUUAUCUUCAUUCUUUCAUCCUGCCACGUUUCUAUCUGUAUUUAAACAAGAUUUCGCACGGAGGAAGAAUACUGCGAUGGACGACUUAAGACUGAAGUCGAGCUGGAGACAUACUCCGGGCGAUGGAGUUAUAACAAUUACAAAUCUUCUCAUUGAAGGUGCCCUAUUUGAAGGAAGUAAUAUCACUGACUGCCAUGCCAACUCCGAUAGUAUAAACGUGGCACCUGACUGUCACCUUAGUUGGGUAAACGAAAACAAAGGCGAGAAUGACAAGGCGAUUAAGCUUCCCUUGUACGAAACCAACACUCGUGAAGAUAUCUUAGCGUAUUUAAACGUAGAAAAUAACUUCAGAGAAAAUAAUAAGUGGAUACAAGCCGGUGUGGCGUUCUAUGUUACUUGUUAAAAUGUAGAAUAUAAAUGAAUAAAUGUUACUUACCCUA